AUCUCAAUGGUCUCCUCUAGCUCCGUACUAGUUCUCGUUUUCACUGUUUUCAGUUUCUUCGUUUCUUCUUCUUGUUCUAUAUUCUUUCUUGUGUGGUGUGGCCGUGGCCGGUGUGUUUGUGUUCAAGAAUAUUGUAUUUCAAUUUCAUAUUGAUUAAGCUUAUUUGCUAGCUAAAACAAAGAAAAUGUCAACGUUUUCCCUGAUCCAACCAGCUCCUCCUAUAGAAGUAUUUGCCCUCAACAAAAAGUGUUUAGAAGAUUCUAAUUGUAGCAAAGUUAAUCUUGGAGUUGGAGCAUACCGCACAGAUGAAGGCAAGCCAUGGGUUCUGCCUGUAGUGCGCAAAAUGGAGGCUAGGCUGGCAGCAGACCAGUCUCUCAACAAAGAAUAUCUUCCAGUUCUGGGACUGGAGGCUGCUGCAACAGCUGCUACUGCUAUGCUGCUUGGUGAAAAUAGUCCCUCAAUCCUUGAGGGCAGGGCGUUUGGAGUUCAAACUCUGAGCGGCACUGGAGCCUUAAGAGUGGCAGCUGAGUUUCUGGCUCGGCAACUCAAGUUCUCAGUCUUCUACUACUCCAAGCCUUCCUGGGAAAAUCAUGGCUUGGUAUUUUUAAAUGCGGGCUUUUCUGAGGCCAAAGAAUACCGAUACUGGGAUGACAAAAAUCGCACCAUUGACUGGGAUGGACUAGUGGAAGACUUGAAAGGUGCUCCAGAGAAUGCUGUUAUCAUCCUACACGCUUGCGCUCACAACCCUACAGGGUGUGAUCCUACGCAGGAGCAGUGGGCAGCCAUCGCUGAUAUUGUACAGGAACGAAAGUUAUUCACCUUGUUUGACUCCGCCUACCAAGGGUUUGCCUCAGGAGAUUUGGAGAAGGAUUCCUGGGCCGUUCGGUAUUUUGUAUCCAGAGGUUUUGAACUUCUCUGCUGUCAAUCCUUUGCGAAGAACUUUGGACUCUACAAUGAGCGCAUUGGCAAUUUAACUUUUGUGGUAAAUGACGUGAAAGUUGUUGCUCCAAUGAAGUCGCAGAUUACUCUCAUCAUCCGUGGAAUGUACUCCAACCCACCUAGUCAUGGUGCGAGGAUAGUGGCUGGUGUUCUCAAUGACCCUCAACUCUACCAAGAAUGGAAGGAUUGCAUCAAGACAAUGUCCAGUCGUAUCCUAGAGAUGAGACAAGCCCUGAGAGACAGACUAGAGAAGUUGGGUACUCCUGGCUCCUGGGACCACAUCACUAGACAGAUAGGCAUGUUCUCGUACACAGGCCUCAACCAGAGACAAGUAGAACACCUUGUCAACCAUCACCACGUCUAUCUCCUCAAGUCUGGACGUAUCAACAUGUGUGGUCUCACUACCAAGAAUAUUGACUAUGUGGCUGAGGCGAUACACCAAACAUUAGUUCAGUUCCCCAACUAGUUUUGUUAUUUACUUGGCUGCUAUCUUGCCAGUCCAAAACUUGCAACUAUCACUUUUAUAUUUUAAAAUGUUAUAAUUAUUUAUGGCAAAUUAAUUUUUACAUUUCAAUCAAUCUGAUAUUUUUGUCAUUAUUUUGGUAAAAUCUUGAAUUGAGAUACUCAUAAAAGCGGGUUUACACGGUACGAUAAAACAUAAUGAGGUUGGGCGGGCCAUUUACACGUUUCAUCUUUUCCUCCAACUUUGGCUCAAACCACUACCGUUUGAUGUAUCUUGUUGUGAAGUAGUUAAUAUAGGCUCCCUGUAUAUUUGACGAUGGAUGAGUUACUGUUGUGGUCUGUUUACGUUGUUUGUGUUGCAACAAGUUUCAGGAGGAAAAGAGAACCUAGAAGUAAGUGGUGUCGGCAUUGGCUACUGAAACAACAGUUCUCAUGCAGAGUUGCUAAAGGAGUUAAGGAACAAAUUAUCUGACUGGAGGAACUACUUAAGAAUGACUGAGGAUACUGUCAACAAUUUAUUGAACAUGGUUUCUCCAUAUAUUAAAAAAAAGACACCAUGAUGAGAAAGGCAGUAUCUCCCCAUGAAAGACUUAGUGCAACGUUACGAUUUCUUGCAACUGGCAGAAGUUACAAAGACUUUGAAUUCACAACACUAAUUUCUAAACCAUCCCUCUGCAAAAUAAUACCUGAAACAUGCAAGGUGAUAUUUGAUUGGCAAGUGAGGGGCUAGAGGUUGCAACAAUGAAUGAGUCUCCGUUUACAAAGCAACGACUUGUCACUACGAUCUACAGAAAUUGGUGGAGAUUUCCACCAACCUUCCAACCUCACGCCAACUCAGACAAAACGUAACAAGACUUCCAGUUUACACUUUCCGUUUUGCAUGCAACGUUUUAUUGUUGCAGACAAAUCGUUACUUUUAUCGUAGCGUGUAAACCGGGCUUAAUUCUGAGAUAUUACAAAUAGAAAAUUGGUAAUAUAUUUAACAGGUUUUUUUACAGGUACAGUAUAACACAUUUAUUCAAUUAUUUUUUUAUUUUUGUUUGUUUUAUUUAUAUAAUAAAAAAAUUGUAUGAGUGCCUUCACUUAUAAUCAGGGUUUUUAUUCUGACUAAACCAGUUAAAUUUAAGAAAAUUGUUUAUCAAGAAAUGAACACUCAUACAAUUAAUUGUCAUGUCAAUACAAGGUAUAUUUAGAAUUCCAUAUUAAAAGAUUUAAUCAAAUUAUUUGCUUAAAUAAUUUUCAUACGGCAUUUUCAUGGAAAUGAAUUUAUUUAUCAAUUUUAUUAUUGUUGUUGUUGUAUAACUAUUAUUAUUUUGUUGUUAUUGUUAUGAUUGUUCGGUUGUAUACCACUAUUUUUAUAGAUAAAAAAAAAUUUAUUUUACAAUAUUGUAAAUGAUUAAAGUUUAAAAUGACCAAACUUAUAUAUUUUUUUAACCAACUAUCAUUCUUGUCAGAUAAAAUAUGAAUCUUAUUGAUGGCAACGGAUUUAAAUUUACAAAAGAGAGAGAACACAUUGUAGUGUUUUUAAAGCUAACAAUUAAUUGUUAUGUAAAUCUGAUUGUUCAGUGUUUCUCUGUUUUGAAAAUGUGCCUUAUAAAACUGCUUGUCAGCUAUUGCUAGACUAAAUGAGCCUCUAACCUCUUAUAAAUAUAUAUACAUAUAUCCAUUCUAACUGUAUUAGCUUACACUAGUUUAUAGUAUUAUAAAAAAUAUUUAUUGCCAAUGAUAAAUUAUUAUUUGAAAUGCUACAGAUUUAGCUCUAUGGUGUUUGUUAACAGAUCUUUGUUAAUAUUAAAAAGGUUUAGAAUA